GCCCAGAGACACAUCACCGACCUGUACGAGGACCUCAGAGAUGGACACAACCUCAUCUCCCUGCUGGAGGUUCUCUCCGGAGAGACACUGCCGCGGGAGAAAGGACGGAUGCGCUUCCACAAGCUGCAGAAUGUACAGAUCGCUCUGGACUUUCUCAAACACAGACAGGUCAAACUGGUCAACAUCAGGAACGAUGACAUUGCAGAUGGAAACCCUAAGCUGACCCUGGGUCUGAUAUGGACCAUCAUCCUUCACUUCCAGAUCUCGGACAUCCAGGUGAACGGUCAGUCGGACGACAUGACGGCCAAAGAGAAGCUGCUGCUGUGGUCCCAGAGGAUGGUGGAGGGAUACCAGGGCCUGCGCUGCGACAACUUCACCACCAACUGGAGGGACGGGAAGCUCUUCAACGCCAUCAUACACAAACACAGGCCCACGCUCAUCGACAUGGAUCAAGUUUACCGACAGAGCAACCAGGAGAAUCUGGAGCAGGCCUUCAGCGUGGCGGAGAGGGAGCUGGGCGUCACCAGACUUCUGGACCCCGAGGAUGUUGACGUGCCUCAUCCAGAUGAGAAGUCCCUCAUCACGUAUGUGUCCUCGCUGUAUGACGUCAUGCCCAGGGUGCCUGACGUUCAGGACGGCGUUAAAGCCAACGAGCUGGAGCUGCGUUGGCAGGAGUAUUACGAGGUGGUCACCGUGCUGCUGCAGUGGAUCAGACACCACAUCCUCGUCUUCGAGGAGAGGAAGUUCCCCAACAGCUACGAGGAGAUCGAGGUUCUUUGGCGUCAGUUUCUGAAGUUCAAGGAAACAGAACUUCCUGCGAAGGAGGCGGACAAGAACCGCUCCAAACACAUCUUCAAGUCUUUUGAGGGUGCAGUCCAGGCCGGUCACGUCAAAGUGCCGCCGAGCUACCAUCCCUUCGACGUGGAGAAGGAGUGGGGUCGUCUGCACGUUGCCAUUCUAGAGCGAGAGCGUCUCCUCCGGACAGAAUUUGAGAGGCUGGAGCGACUGCAGAGGGUCGUCAGUAAGGUCCAGAUGGAGUCAGGGGUGUGUGAGGAGCAGCUCAACCAGGUGGAAACGCUGCUGCAGACG